AUGCAAUCGGUUCUUUCUCUUUCCUUCUCACAAGCAUCGCUUCCUUUAGCGAAUCGUACGCUUUGUUCAUCCAACGCAGCUCCUUCUACGCCGAGAAAUCUCCGGUUCUGUGGACUCCGGCGAGAAGCGUUUUGCUUCUCUCCGUCGAAGCAAUUGACCUCGUGCCGUUUCCAUAUUCAGAGUAGGAGAAUCGAAGUCUCCGCCGCUGCUUCUUCUUCCGCUGGAAAUGGAGCUCCAUCGAAAUCAUUCGAUUAUGAUUUGAUCAUUAUCGGAGCUGGAGUUGGUGGCCAUGGAGCUGCAUUGCACGCCGUCGAGAAGGGACUCAAAACUGCUAUCAUUGAAGGAGAUGUUGUUGGAGGUACUUGCGUUAACAGAGGCUGUGUGCCUUCCAAAGCUCUACUUGCUGUUAGUGGUAGGAUGAGGGAACUCCAGAACGAACAUCACAUGAAGGCUUUUGGUUUGCAGGUUUCAGCUGCUGGUUAUGACCGCCAAGGUGUGGCUGACCACGCAAGUAACCUGGCUACCAAAAUUAGGAAUAAUCUCACCAAUUCUAUGAAGGCACUUGGUGUUGACAUAUUGACAGGGUUUGGCGCUGUUCUGGGCCCACAAAAGGUUAAAUAUGGUGACAAUAUUAUCACCGGAAAAGAUAUAAUCAUCGCAACUGGAUCUGUACCGUUCGUCCCGAAAGGAAUUGAAGUUGAUGGAAAGACUGUUAUCACAAGUGAUCAUGCAUUGAAAUUGGAGUCCGUUCCUGACUGGAUUGCGAUAGUAGGAAGUGGUUAUAUCGGUCUUGAGUUCAGUGAUGUUUACACGGCCCUUGGAAGUGAGGUAACUUUUAUUGAGGCACUGGAUCAACUAAUGCCUGGAUUUGAUCCUGAGAUCAGUAAGCUGGCUCAAAGGGUUCUAAUAAAUACAAGAAAAAUUGACUACCAUACUGGAGUAUUUGCAAGCAAAAUCACUCCAGCAAAGGAUGGGAAACCAGUGCUGAUUGAACUAAUUGAUGCCAAAACCAAGGAACCCAAGGAUACUUUGGAGGUUGACGCUGCUCUAAUUGCUACUGGAAGAGCUCCAUUCACCAAUGGUCUUGGCCUGGAAAAUAUCAAUGUUACCACACAAAGAGGUUUUAUACCAGUUGAUGAGCGAAUGCGUGUUAUUGAUGGAAAUGGAAAGCUGGUUCCCCACUUGUACUGCAUCGGUGAUGCCAAUGGUAAACUGAUGCUUGCUCAUGCAGCUAGUGCUCAAGGAAUUUCUGUGGUGGAGCAAGUCACAGGUAGAGAUCAUGUGCUUAAUCAUCUUAGCAUCCCAGCUGCUUGUUUUACUCAUCCUGAAAUAAGUAUGGUGGGAUUGACAGAGCCUCAAGCGAGAGAGAAAGCUGAGAAAGAGGGAUUCAAAGUAAGUAUCGCCAAGACAAGUUUCAAGGCAAACACAAAGGCCCUAGCCGAAAAUGAAGGAGAAGGACUCGCUAAGAUGAUAUACAGACCUGACAAUGGUGAAAUCCUUGGAGUUCAUAUAUUUGGAUUGCAUGCUGCUGAUCUUAUCCAUGAAGCAUCAAACGCGAUUGCUUUAGGAACACGUAUUCAGGACAUAAAACUUGCUGUUCAUGCACAUCCAACACUGUCUGAAGUUGUAGACGAACUGUUUAAAGCAGCCAAGGUCGAUAGUCCAGCUUCAGUAACAGCACAAAGUGUGAAAGUUACUGUGUAA